ACACCUGGAAAAUGUUGCCAAACUGAACAAAAGAAGUUCUAAAAUAGUUUCCCCCAGAACAGAUGUCAAACGAAGAGCUGGCUCAUUCGCGCUCUUCUUCGCCCUGCGCCGUGCCACAAGAUUCGAGUCUCAAGUCGCAUUUUGUGACUCCUACACGACAAACGGCUCCACAAGCGACGUCCAUGGCAUUGGAGCAAUAUCGACUGCAACUUUACAACUAUGCCUUGAACAUUGAGCGGCUGAGGUGUCCGCCGUACGCGACAGCCGGAAGCACGGCCGGGCUGUCCUCGUGGCUACAUCCGUAUAGCAGUCAUGGUGUCGCGGGGAGCGCUGGUGAUAGACUAGCCACGCUCUCGACAAUUUCACUUUUCCCGCAGUCACAACGCAUAUUCCAUCCAGAGGAGCCGAAGCCGCAGCAUAGCUACAUUGGAUUGAUUGCAAUGGCUAUCCUCAGUUCGGCAGAGAUGAAGCUAGUGCUAUCAGACAUUUAUCAAUAUAUAUUGGAUAACUAUCCGUACUUCCGGACACGGGGUCCCGGCUGGCGCAACUCCAUACGGCAUAAUCUAUCGCUAAACGAUUGCUUCAUCAAGUCGGGUCGGAGUGCAAAUGGCAAGGGCCACUACUGGGCUAUCCAUCCCGCUAACAUGGAUGACUUUCGCAAAGGUGACUUUCGACGUCGCAAGGCGCAACGCAAAGUGCGUCGGCACAUGGGCUUAUCUAUUGACGAUGCCAGCACAGACUCUCCUAGUCCUCCGCCAUUGGACCUGACCACUCCGCCCCCUGCAGCGCAAGCGUCCAUGCAGUUGGCUGCUUUGAAUUACCCCUAUCAUCAGCAAUACAUUGGCCAAUUCUUUGGACGUAGCCCCUACUCCAGCCAGGCUGCAAGUGAGCAAAGGCUGGAGCCUGGCUAUCAGCUAGCCAACCAUCAGCAUCAUCAGCAUCCAAAUCAAAAUCCAAAUUCACAUACACAUUCUCUACCGCAUCACCAUCCGCAUUUAAAUCAGCAUCAGCAUCAGCAUAUUGCGUAUAUCAAUUCGACGACGACUACGACAAUUGCAAACUUGUAUUCGCAGACGCGGAAACGUCAGUUCGACGUUGCAUCGCUAUUGGCACCUGAUGUUCACAUUGUGGAUAUAGUGGAGGGAGAGGAUUCUUCAACGCAACACACGGUUAUAACAAAAGUGCAAGUAAAGAAACAGCAACUAUUCCAUCGAGAGUUGGUUGCUGAGCAACCAAAUCCGAAUUCGAAUCUGAAUCUGAGUCUAAAUACAAAUCCAGCUUUAGGUACAUGUGCAGGUGCAGGUGCAGUUGAUGCGGAUGUUGAUGCAGACAUUGAUGUGGAUGGGGAUGGUGAUGGAGAUGUAGAGGGAGAUGGAGAUGGGCGACAGUCUGAAGGAGGGCAGCGCUUGCUCUCGACUGAUGACAAUAAUUCGUACCUUAGCGAUACCAGACAGUCGCUGUUAGAUGCGGGCAUUGCGGAACAGGGCCAGCAACCGGAACCCGAACAGCAGGACCCUCUCCACUUUUCCGUUUCCGUUUCACCGCCUUUGGGCAGCUCCAGGGCAAGCAGCAGCCAGCAUGAUUCCAAUUCCUUGGAGGAGUGCCCACCUGGAACCACAGCUAGUCCAGAGCUAUCGACCAUGUCCACCAUGUCCAUGUCGCUUAAUAGCGUCGAUCCACAGAUCUUAAGAAGAUAUUAUGGCAGCUAUAUGGCAGCAGCAGCUAGGCAAGUUACGCUCGAGGCAUCGUCCAGAGUCCAAUUGAAAAAUAUGGCCGCGCCUACGCCCCAACACCCGCCCAUUGAACUGUUACCCAAUAAAUCAUAAAAUUCGCCAAACAUACAUUCAGAAAAUUAGUCACUGAGCCCACCCGGCGUUUUCACUGGGUGAUAUAAAUGUCACU